CACGUUCAUCAGUAUACAUACAUACAAUUCGUGUGUGCGUCUGGAUUUUGCUGUAUUUUUUAUUUAAGAAUGAAUUAUUAACUAACCAUUAAUAAAUUAUUAUUAAAUAAAAAACAGUUAAAAACCGCGAAUCAAGCAUACACACCGAGUCCUUUCUUCCGUAUAAAACCGUAGGCAACAGGAACACCAUGGACCAGGAGAACUUCCACGGGCACAACCUGCCGCAGCAGCUGCAGAACCUGCACAUCCAACAGCAGCAGGCGCCCCAGCAGCAGUCACUUCAGAAUCCCGUCCAGACCGGAUUUGCUCCGCGGCGACAGUACGAGAAUCUGGGUGGCAACGGCCUGGGCAAUGGCAAUCCCGGUGCCGGCAGUCCCGUCAAGGGUGCUCCGCUGGGGCAGCGCCCGGUGAAGAUCAAGAAGGAGAAGGUGCCGCAGCAGCCGUCUCAGCCAUGUCAGCUGCAACUGUCGGAGCUGGGAGAUGCCGCAGGAAUGGGAGUUCCAUUGGGUGGACUCAUGCCCAGUGACGAGGCCCUCAAGUUCGUCUCCGAGACGGAUGCCAAUGGGCUGGCCAUGAAGACGCCCGUCAGCAUUCUGCAAGAGCUGCUCAGCAGGCGGGGCAUUACGCCCGGCUACGAGCUCGUCCAGAUCGAGGGCGCCAUUCACGAGCCGACCUUCCGGUUUCGUGUGUCCUUCAAGGACAAGGACACACCCUUCACGGCCAUGGGUGCGGGACGCUCGAAGAAGGAGGCCAAGCAUGCGGCGGCCCGUGCGCUCAUCGACAAGCUGAUCGGCGCCCAGCUGCCGGAAUCGCCCAGCAGCUCCGCCGGUCCGUCGGUGAGUGGGCUCACGGUCGCCGGAAGUGGUGGAGACGGCAAUGCCAAUGCCACCGGCGGAGGAGACGCCGGCGACAAGAUCGUGGGCAAUCCCAUUGGCUGGCUGCAGGAGCUGUGCAUGCAACGGCGUUGGCCACCACCAUCGUACGAAACGGAAACAGAAGUGGGUCUGCCCCACGAGCGGCUCUUCACGAUCGCCUGCUCGAUCCUCAACUACCGCGAGAUGGGCAAGGGCAAGAGCAAGAAGAUUGCCAAGCGCCUGGCCGCCCACCGCAUGUGGAUGCGGCUGCAGGAGACGCCCAUCGAUUCGGCCAAGAUCAGCGACAGCAUCUGCGGCGAGUUGGAGGGCGAACCCCGCAGUAGCGAAAAUUAUUAUGGUGAAUUGAAAGAUAUCUCUGUGCCGACACUCACCACGCAGCACAGUAACAAAGUAUCCCAGUUCCAUAAGACCCUCAAAAAUGCGACGGGCAAAAAACUGCUCAAGUUACAGAAGACUUGCCUAAAGAGCACCAAAAUCGACUACAUCAAGCUGCUGGGCGAGAUCGCGACCGAGAACCAGUUCGAGGUGACCUACGUGGACAUCGAGGAGAAGACCUUCACUGGCCAGUUCCAGUGUUUGGUUCAGCUCUCCACGCUGCCCGUGGGCGUUUGCCAUGGAAGCGGUCCGACGGCCGCCGAUGCCCAGCGGCAUGCCGCCCAGAACGCUCUCGAGUAUUUGAAGAUCAUGACCAAGAAAUAGGAGGGGCAGCCAACUGUAUAGCAAAAUCUGAACGCACACCACGACCACGAGGAUAUGGCGCUACCAAUUACGGAUUCAAGAGUUAUCCUAACCAAAUAGUUCCCUUCCUACCGGGAGUGUCCAAGCGCCAUUUGUGGCUCAGAGCAAUGGCGAUAUAAUUUAUAUUUGUUUCUUUCACGAUUCCUUUGAUUAGGCAGUUGACUUUUCUUUACUAUAUAUGUAAAUGUUCAUAUAUGUACACUUAACAACGUAUGUACACUUGCAUAUACAGACAAGUGUGUAAUCUAUAUUGGAAUCUUAUUGUCGCUUUGAAAUUGUUUAUAACUUUAGCAAAUCGAAAGCCACAUCAAAGCCCAAUAAAUCUAAUAACACUAGCUAACUAGGCCUAAGAUAGAUCGCGUGGUUUGCUCUUCGGAGGUGAUAAGGCUUAUGAAUAUAUUCGGUAUUUCGGUAAUCGCAA